CGCAGCUCCGCAGUGCGUGUCCAGUUGCUGCCUAGACCGUACGCGCGGCCGCCGCCACUACCUACCGUCAAGCGCAGCGUCGCUUGCCGAGGAAAGCGGGUGCCAUGGCGUCUGAGGCCCUGGCCGCGGAGGCGGUGGUUUCGCGCCUGCAGCGGCAGGAGGAGGACAUCACCUGGCUGUGGGCAGAGGUCCUGCGCCUGAGGGAAGAGCUGACGAACGCGCCCGACCGGUGCGAGGCGGAGGGGCCAUGCCUCACGCGGGAGGUGGCGCAGCUCCGGGCCGAGAACCGCGACCUGCGCUACCGCCUGCACCGCCUGCGGGUGUGCCUCACCGAGGAGCUGAGCCACCGGGAGAAGCUGGAGAGGGCGGCAGCGGCGGCGGCGGCGGCGGCGGCGCCGGCAGCGCAGGAGGAGGCUGGGCGCGCGGCUCCUGGCGAGCAGCCUCCGUCUAGUCAAAGCCAAGAGAAGGACAUUAAAAAGAAGAAGAAGAAGGAGGAGAAGGAGCCUGACAGUGAGCUGAAAAAUCAACCACAUUUCAUGAAGGAUCGAUGGAAGUUUUUUGAAUCGUUGGAGAAGGAUCAUCGGGUGUUGUUUGCCAUUUGUGAAAAAAGGGGGAAUGCAACCAAUGUGAUCAAAGUAAAAGUGGCUGAUGGGAAAACAGUGGAAGGGGAAGUUUGGAAAACAACACCUUACCAAGUGGCUGCUGAUAUUAGUCAAGAACUGGCUGAAAACACAGUAAUAGCCAAAGUCAAUGGUGAAUUAUGGGACUUGGACCGUCCACUGGAAGGGGAUUCCACUCUAGAGCUGCUGACGUUUGAUAAUGAGGAAGCUCAAGCUGUGUAUUGGCACUCCAGUGCCCACGUCCUCGGGGAGGCCAUGGAGCUCUACUACGGAGGCCUCUUGGGUUACGGUCCGCCCACCGAGAAUGGCUUUUAUUACGACAUGUUCAUUGAAGACGGAGUCGUGUCCAGCACGGAGCUUUCGGCGCUGGAGACCAUCUGUAAGGCGAUCAUCAAGGAAGAGCAGCCCUUUGAAAGGCUGGAAGUCAGCAAGGAUGUCCUCCUGGAAAUGUUCAAGUACAAUAAAUUUAAAUGCCGCAUUUUGAAUGAGAAGGUUCACACUCCAACUACCACCAUUUACAGGUGCGGUUCACUAGUUGACCUUUGUAAAGGCCCCCACGUAAGGCACACUGGGAAAAUUAAAGCCAUAAAAAUUUUCAAGAAUUCCUCGAUGUACUGGGAGGGCAAUCCUGAAAUGGAAACCCUGCAGAGGGUCUAUGGGAUCUCCUUUCCCGAUGACAAGAGGAUGGAAACCUGGGAAAAGUCCCAAGAGGAAGCCCGGAGCCGAGAUCACAGGAAAAUCGGGAAGGAUCAAGAGCUUUUCUUUUUCCACGACCUGAGUCCCGGAAGCUGUUUUUUCCUGCCCAGGGGAGCCUUCAUUUAUAAUACACUUAUGGAUUUCAUACGGGAGGAAUAUCACCAGCGCAACUUCACAGAAGUGCUGUCUCCCAACGUGUACAACAGUAAACUCUGGGAAGCCUCGGGCCACCGGCAGCAUCACAGCGAGAGCAUGUUCUCCUUCGACGUGGAGAAAGACACUUUUGCCCUGAAGCCCAUGAACUGCCCGGGGCACUGUCUAAUGUUUGCCCAUCGUCCGCGGUCUUGGAGGGAAAUGCCUAUUAGAUUUGCCGAUUUCGGAGUCCUUCAUCGAAAUGAACUGUCGGGGACUCUAAGUGGCUUGACCCGAGUUAGACGCUUUCAGCAGGAUGAUGCGCACAUCUUUUGCACGGUGGAGCAGAUCGAAGAAGAAAUAAAGGGCUGUUUGCAGUUUUUGCAAUCUGUGUACUCCACGUUUGGAUUCUCCUUUCAAUUAAACUUGUCCACCAGGCCCGAAAACUUCUUAGGAGAGAUUGCAUUAUGGGAUGAAGCUGAAAAGCAACUGCAGAAGAGUUUGAUGGACUUUGGAAAACCGUGGAAGAUGAACCUCGGAGACGGAGCCUUUUAUGGCCCUAAAAUUGAUAUAAAAAUCAAGGACGCUCUUGGCAGAUCCCACCAGUGCGCUACCAUCCAGCUUGACUUCCAACUGCCUAUUAGAUUUAAUCUCACAUACGUUAGCAAGGAUGGGGACGAUAAGAAACACCCUGUGAUCAUUCAUCGAGCCAUUUUGGGGUCCGUGGAAAGAAUGAUAGCCAUUCUGUCAGAAAACUACGGGGGGAAAUGGCCUUUCUGGCUGUCCCCUCGUCAAGUAAUGGUCAUCCCUGUGGGACCAACUUGUGAAAACUACGCACUUCAGGUAUCCAGUGCCUUUUUCGAAGAAGGAUUCACGGCCGACGUUGAUUUAGAUCACAGUUGUACACUAAACAAGAAAAUCCGAAAUGCACAGCUGGCUCAGUAUAAUUUUAUUUUGGUGGUUGGAGAAAAGGAGAAAGCAAAUAACGCUGUCAAUGUUCGAACAAGGGGCAACAAAAUUCAUGGAGAGAUUUCACUAACUUCUACCAUUGAUAAAUUGAAGAAUCUCAAGAAGUCACGUACACUAAAUGCUGAGGAAGAAUUUUGAAGUCCUUCCUUGUACUCUCCUGUGCGACCCUGUUCUGAACCCCCCAAAAUGCUUUUUUUCUUAACCACUGUUAGUGCUGCUUCUGAAAACUGUGGACCCACUGAGGGUUCCCCUGUUGGGCGCAGUGGGAGAGGAGACAAUGAAUGAGUAGCUGAUGGGGACAAAGUUUAAUCACUAAGUGUCCGAGGACAAUAAGAGGACAAGCCUGGGAAGUUUUUAAUUUCCCACAUGUCUUGAGAGACUUAAAUGGGAAAAGGUUAUUCAUUGAAAAAGGUAAAUACCAGGAAAUGAGGAUUAUGAGAUGUUGCUAAGAUGUGUGCUUUUCAAAGGAUAGAUUUCAAAUAAAAGUCUGCAAAGCUUUCUGGAAUGUGCCAGAGAAUCUUAUUUCCUAAUAACAUUAUGUUCUCAGUUGUUUUACUAAACUUCACCCUGAAACUUUAUCUCCAAAAUUGGAAUCAUUACUUAAUUUGUUUUAACUAACCAAGAACCGCAAGUGAAGAAGCUCUACUCAAUAUUCGAUUAUUGACAAAGGACUCAACGCAUAUUCAG